AUGGCUACCAUAGCGCUGUACCUAUCUUUGCUCUUUGCGCUCCUGUACACACUGCCUUCUUCGGCUCAAGACCUACCUCAAACUCCAGCAACAGCUACCUAUGACUAUGUUGUUGUGGGCUGUGGCAUCGCCGGACUCGUCACCUCUAUGCGUCUUUCCGAAGAUGAGAACGUGUCUGUCGUCUGCCUUGAAGCUGGGCCAUUUGACCACUAUGAGGACUCGAUCCAGAUUCCCCAGUUUAUUGGCCGCGAUAUUGGAUCGAUCUACGACUGGAACAUUACAACGACUCUUCAAACCCAGCUCGACGGAGCUACACGUCCAAUACCCCUCGGCAGAGCUGUUGGUGGCGGAAGUAUUAUCAACGGUAUGGUGUGGAAUCGUGGCAACCAGGAUGACUACAACUCAUGGCAAUCUCUCGGGAACCCUGGCUGGGCUUGGGAUGAUCUGCUACCAUAUUUCAAGAAGUCCGAAACCUUUACUCCGAUCUUCUAUGAAGGUGUAGCCCAGCAGCCUGUUACCUUUGUUCCUGAUGUACAUGGACGUGAUGGUCCAGUUUCAGUCAGUUACCCGAAUUAUUACUGGCCUCAGACAGACAACUGGUUUCGCGCCCUGAACCAACUUGGCGUCGCAACUGUCUAUGAUCCCGAUGAAGGGACUGCUGCUGGCGGAUACUUCCUCGCUUCUGAUAUCCAACCGAAUAACCAGACUCGAUCAGAUGCUCGACGAACAUAUUAUGAUCCCUUCUUGGGCAGGAGGAAUUACAACGUAUUCCAGAACUCUCAUGUUACUCGCAUACUUUUCGACAAUCAACGACAACAAAAUGACCAUGUUUCGUUACAUGCUACGGGUGUUGAGUAUGCUGCAGAUGCCGCGUCACCUCGACAAACAGUUCUUGCUCGCAGAGAGGUCAUUCUCGCGGCUGGAGCCAUUCAUACACCACAACUCCUGCAGCUUUCUGGGGUCGGUCCAUCAGCUCUGUUGAACUCGCUUAAUAUACCUGUUGCCCAAGAUCUUCCUGGCGUCGGCAGAAACCUUCAAGACCACUGUCUGGUUUACGUCAAUUACCCUUGUAAGUCAAAUACUCCUUUUGGGCAAUCCCAAUGUCUUAUGUCAAAUACAGACCAGAAUCAAUCUCUGACGACGCCCAAUGAAUGUAACACCAAUACAACCUUCAACAACGAGGCAGCCAAUGAGUAUCGAACCUCGAAAACCGGUCCCUGGACAGGCAUGCCAUCCAGCGGCGUUGCAUUCCCUUCACUGCAGCAGAUCAUGCCUCAAAUUCCUCCUGCCACAAGCGAAGACCUAGUCAAUCUCCUCUCCGCCGCUCAAGGACGAGAGAAUUGGACUGCUUAUCUUCCGUCGACAUACGAUGCGUCGCUGCGACUUGGCUAUGAAGUCCAGCUUUCCACACUCCUUCCUCGGCUGUCACAAAACAUUACUCCAGCCUGGGAGCAAGCUGAGCUGAGCUGA